GUAUAUACAGAUUUAUUUAAAAAUGGAAGAAAAUGAAAAUCUUAUAUAGAUUCUUUACCCGAUAGGGUUUUUGAUGGAUAUACAUUUCGACAAGGAAGACCUCUAAAAGAUGGUGCUCGACGUUUAAUUUGUUCGCAUGUCGAAUCACAUGCUUGCGAUACUCUAGGUACCUUAUCUGCCACUGAUGACUUCAGCUAUGAACCUAAAAAGGAUAAACAUACUCAUGAACGAGAUCCCGAUGCAGAAAUUAAAGCACGGUUUACUCGAGAUUUAUAUGUCGCAACUAAACAUCAAUUCCGAAAUCUUCAAAUAAUAUAUGAUGAAGUAGCAUUGCUUCAUGAAGAAGGUGCCGCUCUACUGAGUUUUAACAACAUGAAAAGAAAAAUGCAGGCAUGGUUAGAGAGCAGAGUGUUACCAGAAGUAACAUCAAUUGGUGACAUUAAAUUACAAUUAAAUGACCCACUACUUAAAAACAUCAAUCUGCACAAUGCCGGAAAGACGGAGAUCGAAUUCGUACAAAAUGAGGAAGGUCAGGAUACUGCUAUGAUUCUUGUAGAUGCGAAUCUUUUGUCGAAACUGGAGACCACGACUCUAUUUAUACAGUCAACAGAUCAUGAAUUCGAAGGUGUCGAUAAUCUUCAAUUAUCAUCUAUCUCAACAAAGCAUAUGGAUCAUAUUUUACCCUUAGUAUGGAUUAUUUUAUUGGAGAAAAAUGAACAAAUUUGUAAAAGUAUAUUUCGCAAGAUUUUAACUUUACAACCUACCUUGUCACCUACAGAAAUUUAUAGUGAGGUUGAUUGUGAUUAUUGGAGAGCUUUCAAUGCAGUAUUUCCAAAUGUAAUCACCAAAGGAAUGUUUUUGAGUCAUUGUAAGAUCAUGAUAAACACGGCCGAAUCGAAGAAUAUUGAUUUAGAAGAUGAAAGAACAAUGUCAAUAUUAUCAAAAAUAACAUCAAUUAGCUUGUUACUCGCAGACAAGAUUGUAAACGGUUUACAAGAGUUUGUUGACUCUAUGAUGAGAAAUGAAGAUUUUGAAAAUUUAAAGGAACUGAUGGAAUUUUAUGAUCAAAAGUGGCUUAAAAGCAUUGACGUUGAGAAUUACUCUUUUUAUAAUGAUUCAAUGUCAUUGUGGAAGAAUGGAGAAUUAAUUCUUCAAAAUAUAAUAAAUCGACUUAAGAAAAUCAACACUUUAUGGAAUUUAAUUGAGCAAGCAUCAUUGAUCAAUUCUCAAAUACAUUUUCACCAGGAUAACUUAGCCAAAAAAAGACAUUUUAACAUUCCUUCCAGAAAAGUUAAAAAUAUUUUUACUGGUGUAAAAAACUGUAAAUAUAUUUCUGAUCUAUGAAAAGAAAUUGAAGCAGGAGUUUUAUUUUCUAUUGACUUCAUAAUGAGAACUGCAGAUAAUCUAACACCAAUAUUACGUAAUUUGUUACGUUCUGAUGUUAAAAUUCCAGUUCAGUUUGAGUUAUUAGAUUUAUCGACCAAUGAAGAAAAUGAAUUAAUUGAUGCUGAUGAGUUACCAAUAUUGAAUUCAUCUGAUGACGAGCCCAUUGAUACUUUAGACGAAGAAGAAGAAGAUCAAUGGUAUAUUUACAGUCAGCACUGUUUGGGAUGUUAUGAAGAUAGUAUCGAAAUUGGUUACAAGCCUUGCACUCACGCACCGUAUUGCUGGUCUUGUAAUGAAAAAUGGCGCGAUAAGGCAGUUA